AUGAGGCACCGCGACCUCGGCCCAGAGCAGGAGAAGGAACAGGGGGCGAGGAAUCUUGGUGGAAACUUCCAGAAGUUCAUUAAGACGCUACGGUUUGCCUGCAUCGGUCAAAGUUGGGCUCUCAGACAUGCUCGAGCACCUUUAGAUGCCGUCUUAAUGUUGCCAACUAGAGAUGUACCUGCCCUCCUUCUGCCCUCCAGCACUUUCGUUAUUUUAUCCCCGACGAGCUUAGGUGAUGCGAUGUAUACUAAUUAUGGCGAUGAACCGGAACGAGUUUGCGAACUUGAAUGCCAAGGAUUGAAGGGGCUCCCUGCCAGGCAUGAGUUCGUGGGUCCUGUGAAAAUAAUACUAAUUGAAUCAACGCCUAUGGACUACAGACGUAAAGUAUGCUGGUCUGCAAUGUUCGCACUGGCUCUUCUGUUCAUGGGAGUUGCUAUUUUCACAGUGAUUCUCUACACUAUGGCUUUCAAGCUGCCAUUCUGGAUGAACUUACAUAUUGUCGUUUGUACAAUAGGCUUGCAACUGUUCAAUUCGAUGGGUAUCCUUAUGUACAGUACAUUAUUCGGGGGAGCCCUGUUCCUAAAUCAAAGUAGCAGGAAGUUUCAGCAUUUUCUAUUACAAACUGCCUCUGUUAUUUGUGGCAUCGCUGGCACAAUAAUGGUUCUGACCAGUAUGACAUGUUCCCUCCAUGCGCUGUCAGGAAUAUCCUACUCUGUCUUCCGAAGUCAAGAGCUCUUCGCGUCUCUGGAUACCAACGACUCUGUCAGGAGGUACAGUGAGUGUCAAAGAAGCAGUCAUGCUCGCAAAGAGAGAGGCGGCCCGCGUGAGGGAGCAAUCCUCCUCCUCACGCCCCAGCAGCCUCAACUGGCGACACUACGGGCGUUGGGGAUCGAGGGACGAUCUCCGGCCACCGUAAGCACGGGCCUGCGGUCGGCGAGUAAGGGCAGCUCGCCGCCCGACCAGAACCAGGCCCGAGCGUACGGCGCGCAGGGUUCCGCGCGCGCCUCAAAGAGUCAUUCGACCACCACAGACGGGGCCCUAAAGGGCUGA